AUGGCGGCGUCAGCUAAUCCAAUCGCACGAUUCCUCCUCCGCCUCGUUUUCGAUGAAAAGCACGUGUGCUCAGGCCGUCUCCGCCAAUGCUCCACCGCCACCACCACCACUCCCAUCACCUCCAUCACUUUAUUAACACCACCUCUACCUGAAAAUCUCUCUCUCUCUCUCUACACACACACUAUGUCGAUCUUCUCUCCUUCUUCCCCUACUCUCUUCUUAUCCACCACAAAUCCUAGGGUUUCUCUCUUACCUUCUACUUCUAAUUCUUCAUCCCGGCGAGUUCGUUCGGCUCUCCGGCGGUUUCCGUGCUUGGCGUUUUCUGCCGCCCAUGGCAUGGCGGAAACGGUUCAAGACAAGAAGUGUUCGCCUUCGCCAUCCUCCACUCCACUACCGGUGUCUGGAUCCGAACUCGGUUGCUCUCCUACAUUCAUCGACGCUCGCUCCGAACAAGAUCUUCUUUCUGGAAUUCAAAGAGAGCUAGAAGCUGAAACACUGCCAAAACCCAUUGCUCAAUCAAUGGAAGAGCUGUAUCACAACUACAAAACUGCAGUUCUCAAAAGUGGAGAUCCUUGUGCAAAAGAUAUUGUAGUGUCAAACAUGCGUGUAGCUUUUGAUCGUAUGUUUUUGGAUGUGAAGGAGCCAUUUGAAUUUUCACCAUAUCAUGAAGCUAUUCGGGAACCCUUUGACUACUAUACAUUUGGUCAAAGCUAUAUUCGUCCUUUGAUCAAUUUCAAGGAAUCAUAUGUUGGAAACGUCUCCCUUUUCACUAAAAUAGAACAACAGCUUAAUCAGGGAGAAAAUGUGAUUUUGAUAUCAAACCACCAAACAGAAGCAGAUCCAGCUGUCAUCGCCUUAUUGCUUGAAACAACAAAUCCCCAUAUAUCUGAAAACAUAAUCUACGUGGCAGGUGAUAGAGUUAUAACAGAUCCUCUUUGCAAGCCUUUCAGCAUGGGAAGAAAACUUGUUGUGUGUAUAUUCAAAAAAACACAUGAACGAUGACCCUGAGCUUGUUGAUAUGAAAAGAAGAUCCAAUACAAGAAGUCUAAAAGAAAUGGCUUUGCUUUUAAGGGGUGGAUCUAAAAUAAUAUGGAUCGCACCAAGUGGCGGAAGGGACAGACCAGAUCCAGUAACAAACCAAUGGUUUCCGGCACCAUUUGAUGCAAAUUCACUGGACAAUAUGAGAAGGCUUGUGCAGCAUGCGGGUGUAGUUGGACAUAUAUACCCUUUAGCCAUGCUAUGCCAUGACAUCAUGCCUCCUCCACCUCAGGUUGAGAAAGAAAUUGGAGAAAAAAGGUUGAUAUCGUAUCAUGGAACCGGAGUAUCAGUGGGGCCCCCGAUUAAUUUCCAGGAAGCUACUGUUUCUUGUGGAUCCCCUGAUGAGGCGAAGGUAGUUUAUUCACAGGCAGUUUAUGAUUCAGUGUGUGAGCAAUACAACGUGCUACAAUCUGCUAUUAAUGGAGGAAAAGGUCUAGAAGCAUCAACACCAAAUGUCUCAUUGUCACAACCCCCCUUGCACUAGUUCUGUCCCCUCAGGUGAAGGCUAUUCUUUUUUUUACAUGACCUUAGGUGUAUAGAUACUGAAAUUUACAGUAAGAGAAAGCGGUUGUUACAUUACAGGUGGUUAGUUUUUGUUUUUGUGAACAAUUCUCAAUGAAGUCAUGUUUUGGAUUGGAUCCUGAAUGAUGUACAGGUGUAUGUUAUGUUUUGGAUUGUAAAGGGAUACACCACACCUUUAACAUACACAUGUUUGCACCUUUUACAACCAAUAUAUC